AUGCCCUCUCACGAAAAUGAAUACGAGAUAAAUAACCAUUCCUCUGCCGCGCGCUCUCAUGCCGAUUUUCCGUGGCACCCCUUGCAGUCUCGUAUUCAAGAUGUCAUCGCCCCAGGCAGACUCAUAAUCGUCGGUGACGUACACGGCCAUUUGCCCGAACUGAAGAAAUUACUGGAAAAAGUCGCGUAUAGCAAGUCCGAUGGAGAUAAACUCAUUUUCGUCGGGGACUUGAUCAACAAGGGGCCUGAUAGCCCGGGUGUUGUCCAGUUGGCGAUGGAGCUCGGGGCGAGUGCGAUAAGAGGGAAUAAUGAGGACAGGGUGCUUGCUGCGCAUACUGCUAUCAAAAGGGGGGAGGAUACGAAGCUUAUUGAACGGUCAAAGAGGCUGGCGCUCGAAGCGGAAAAGGAGAAGGAGGUCACAAAUGGCGAGCUGGCCCCAUCAGAGUCGAAGGAGGAUUUGAAGUCAAUAUCACCGGAGGACCUCAAGCCUUACAGUUCGGAAAGUGACUUUACAACUGCCGCCAAUCUUACCGACAAGCAGAUUUCCUGGCUGGCAUCGCAGCCGCUGAUUCUGCGUAUCAAGCUUCGAAAGGGAGCGACCUCACCGCCCUGGAACUCUGGGACUCUACUUGUCGCACAUGGCGGCCUGGUUCCCUUACUUCCACUGGAAGAGCAAGAUCCAUGGGCUGUCAUGAAUAUGCGAGGAUUGGUGUACAAAGACCCAGAAGCUACUGUUACUGAGCCCAUUCGAGCAGGUCUACUCAAGGGAGCCAAGAGUCGGACGAGACGAUACGCGGCAUAUCACGAUGCCACUGAUGCCGAUAUAAGAAGCGAGUUGGCGAAAUGGGUAGAUGUCGUUAAUGGCGGCGAAGGCUUCAGUGGUCAGUAUAAAGAGGGCGUUGUUGGAUUUCCUCUCGAGACCCGAGAAGGCGACUGGUGGAUUGAUGCUUGGAAUCGAUGGCAGAGCUCGAUCGAGGAUCCCGAGAAACGUAGCAUUGUCGUCUAUGGCCAUGAUGCAAGAGUUGGAAUACAGGUUGGCGCAGACUUGCCCGAGGUUCCAAGAUAUACCUUUGGUCUAGAUUCUGGCUGUGUAUACGGGAAGAGCUUGACGGCUAUUGUCAUUGAUGAGAAGGAGGAUGGUAAGGGACUGUCGCAUUCGAUAGUCCAGGCUGAUGCGAUCAAGGAGGAUGAAGAAAAACACGGAGAGGCGGUUUGA